AUACCUUGCCAGAGUGACUGACACUGAAGCUACAGACACAAACAACCCCAAUUUGAACUAUGGGAUUGUGGUGGACUGUGGCAGCAGUGGCUCAAGGAUCUUUGUGUACUGUUGGCCAAGGCACAAUGGCAAUCCCCACGACCUCCUGGACAUCAAACAGAUGAGGGACAAGAACAGAAAACCUGUGGUGAUGAAAAUUAAACCAGGCAUUUCAGAGUUUGCCAGCUCUCCUGAAAAGGUCAGUGAUUAUAUUUCUCCCCUCCUGAGCUUUGCUGCUGAACACGUGCCACGGGCGAAACACAAAGAGACUCCUCUUUAUAUCCUGUGCACUGCAGGGAUGAGGAUCCUGCCAGAAAGCCAGCAGAAGGCAAUUCUUGAAGAUCUGCUCACUGAUAUCCCCGUGCAGUUUGAUUUUCUCUUCUCGGACUCGCACGCAGAGGUGAUCUCAGGGAAGCAGGAAGGAGUAUACGCCUGGAUUGGCAUCAACUUUGUUCUUGGCAGAUUUGAACACGCAGAUGAUGAGGAUGAGGCAAUGGUGGAGGUGCAUGUCCCAGGGAGUGAAAACAGAGAGUCCAUCUUCCGUAAGAGGACUGUGGGUAUUCUUGACAUGGGCGGAGUGUCGACUCAGAUAGCAUAUGAAGUCCCAAAAACUGAGGAAGUAGCCAAGAACUUACUUGCAGAGUUCAACUUGGGCUGUGAUGCUCACCAAACUGAGCAUGUCUACAGGGUCUAUGUUGCCACAUUCCUGGGCUUUGGAGGGAAUGCAGCACGCCAGAGAUAUGAGGACAGUCUGUUUAGCAGCACAGUGCUUAAAAACAGGCUGCUGGGCAAACAGACUGGCCUGAGUUCUGAGUCACCCUACCUAGAUCCCUGCCUGCCCCUGGACGCCGAGGACGAGAUCCAGCAGAAUGGGCAGAGGAUGUACCUGAGGGGCACUGGGGAUUUCCAUCUGUGUCGUGAAAUCCUUCAGCCCUUCAUGAACAAGACUAAUGAAACCCAGACCUCUCUCAACGGGGUCUAUCAGCCUGCUGUGCACUUCCAGAACAGUGAAUUUUAUGGUUUCUCAGAGUUCUACUACUGCACUGAGGAUGUGUUACGCAUGGGAGGAGAUUACAAUGCUGUUAGAUUUACUAAAGCUGCAAAGGAUUAUUGUGCCACUAAGUGGUCUGUCCUCCGGGAGCGUUUUGACCGUGGCCUUUAUGCCUCACAUGCUGAUCUCCACAGACUGAAGUACCAGUGUUUUAAAUCUGCCUGGAUGUAUGAAGUGUUUCACAGUGGCUUCUCUUUUCCUGUGAGUUACAGCAAUUUGAAAACAGCUCUGCAGGUUUAUGAUAAAGAGGUGCAGUGGACCUUGGGAGCCAUUCUUUACAGAACAAGGUUCUUACCUUUGAGAGACAUCCAGCAAGAAAACUUCCGUGGAAGUCACUCCCACUGGAGGAGCUUCUCCUUCGUUUACAAUCACUACUUGUUUUUUGUCUGCUUUCUGGUCGUGCUGCUCUCCAUCCUGCUGUACCUCCUGCGCCUCAGGCGCAUCCACCGGCGCCUGCCGCGCAGCGCCUCGGCUCCUCCCCUGUGGAUUGAGGAAGGCCUCCCACCACAGAAGAUCCCAGGACCCUUAUGA